AUGUUUCCAACCCCAGAUUUAUCUCAUUUUACUCGAAAUGAUUACAGUCAAAUCUAUGAACCGGACGCUGAUUCAUUUCUUCUUCUUGACGCUUUAGAAUUAAAACUAAAUGAAAUUCUCGAACUUAAACCUCUUAUUGUACUUGAAUUUGGCUCUGGUUCAGGUAUAGCAACAACAUUUGUUGCUAAAAAUUUUUGUUUAACACCAUCUCUAUUUUUUGCUAUUGAUAUUAAUCCAUAUGCAUGCUAUUCAACGAAAAGAACAUUCGAACAAAAUAAUCUUCAUCAUAAACAUUGUUUAAAUAUCGUUCAAUGUAAUUUAACUGAUCCUUUAAUUGAACGUUUAUCAUCAAAAGUUGAUUUAAUACUUUUUAAUCCACCUUAUGUUCCAACAGAAACGUCAGAUGUUAAAGAAGUUAUUGAAAGAACGUAUGCAGGUGGUAAACAAGGUAUUGAAGUCAUAGAAAAAGCUAUUGAACAAGCAAGUCGAUUACUUUCUUCUAAAGGUUUAUUUUAUAUGGUAGCACUUGAAGAAAAUAAUUUUGAUACAUUAAAAGAAUUAGCUAAUCAAGUCGGAUUGAAUAUUGAUAUUAUUCUCAAACGACGAACACUUAUUGAAAGAUUAUUUGUUGUAGAAUUUCAACGACAGUGA